CUUGACUCUCACGAUGGCAACAUUCAAAUACCACCCUCUCCAAUAUCCCGAUUCAUUCCGCCUGAUUCUCCUCCAGCCGUCCCAACAGCGUUUCUUGCCCCUCUACUGUACGCUCGAAUGCACCACGAUUUCCCAGUGCGAUAGAGAGAUCAUCGAUCAUUAUACAGCACUAUCAUACGUUUGGGGUGAUCCUGCUGCUAAAAAAGGGUUGAUUUUCAUUCAGGGCGCCAAACGAGUGGCAGCAGUAGAGAUCGGAAAGAGUCUUGAGGAUGCAUUGAAGGCGCUGAGGGAUAAAAAGAGGGAAGUCAGGAUUUGGGCCGAUGCGCUUUGUAUCGAUCAAUCGAAUCUGGUAGAGAGAGGGAGCCAGGUGGAGUUGAUGGGGCAGAUUUACUCGACUGCGAGUCACACUGUCAUCUACCUCGGUGACCAGGCAGCAGGGCAGAAAGUCUUGGAAGCUAUUCCCUCGAAUACGUCGGGUACUAUCAGCCCCUGGGACAUCAAUGGACUGAAGACUAUGGCCGAAACCACGUUGUUAAAGAUGCCGUGGUUUAGCCGUGUUUGGAUUUUCCAGGAAUUACUCCUUUCAAAGGAUCCUCGGGUACAAUGCGGGACAGUGCGAGCAAGGUGGACCAAUCUUUGCCGAGUUCUGCUAUCCCCAGGAUAUAGACAAAGGAGUAAAGAGCUGCAAGUACUCGGAGACAUGAACAGUGCUAUUAGCGUUCAUAAACAGAAAUUGUUCGUUCAUCUCACGGCGAGGCGAGGUUUAGGCGCCACGAACCCACGAGAUUUCAUAUUUGGACACUUGGGUAUAGCUGCUGAUGUCGAAGAACUGAAGGCAUAUGUGAAAGUUGACUAUGAGACCAGUUGUGGAAAGACAUACAAUGAUACAGCGAGGUAUUUACUCGAAGCUGUUGGUCCCGAAACCCUUUUUCAUCACACGUCUGAUUAUAGUGAAGAGAGUCGUGUCGAAGAUCUCGCUUCUUGGGCUCCUGAUUGGAGUAUGCCUUCCGCUGGACUGGCAACUAUGUACAGGAACAACACACUGAACACGCAGCGUCUUGUUGCUAAAGAAAACUACUUCAUCCUUGAGCACAAGAGGUAUCCUGUGCUAUCAUACCUUGGCUACGAAGUUGAUCAUAUUUCGAGUCUCAGUCUCACACUACCGGAACCAAAAUUUUUCGCAGAGACUGAGAGAAAUGUCUACGAGCAAGCGGUAACCGAGCUAACGACUUUCUAUCAUACCGGAUCGGGGGUCUGGUGGUCAGGAGACGAAGAGGGUCGACAUAGAAAUUUCAACCUCCGUGGCAGGGAAACUCAACAUCAAGACCUUUGCAGGAUCAUUCACGAGGAAUGGAUAAAAGUCUUAGGCACAGAACUUCCCAAAUUGUCUUCGAGCUCUACUCCCGAAGAAGCUCGACUUCAUGAGAAGUUUGUGGAAAACUUCAAAACAUGGGUAACUGAGCGAGGGAAACGGCAAAUCAUUGUGGCAGGAGGAGACAGUGAUGGUUUUGAGUCGUUAAUGUGGCUUUACUUGAUGAAACAACAGAGUAAAGACAGUGUUCUAACAGGAAGACGAUUAGCCAUAACGCAAUCAGGGUUCUCGGCUGUUGUGUCGAAAUUCGCAGAAGAAGGUGAUAGGAUUGUGUUCUUGGCAGGAUCUCCUGUGGCCUAUAUCGUUCGGCCAGUGAUCGUAUCAGAGGAUGAGAACUUGGAAUUGCAAAAUGCGCUCCAAACUCUUGUUGCGAAUCAGAAGUCGACUGAUGAGGAUGGCAGUAAGGCGCAAAAUUUUGAAACGGCGCUGUGGAAUUCUGUUGUAAAUUGUGUUCUUGUUGGGGAAUGUUACGUUGAAGGCGAAGUUGGAUGGACACGAGAUAAGAAGGCGCAGGCCGUUUACACUCUGAAUUGA